AUGUUCUUGAGAAGUCUGGCAUACGCACUGCUGCUAAGGGCUGCGCAUGCGAUCCCCUACAGCGAGUACAUCUUGGCACCUGCCUCGAGAACUGUCUAUCCGGUGUCUGUUUUCCAAGUUGCUGGCACCGUCGACAACGCUGAAGGCCUCAUUGGCGGGGCCAACACGACUGUCACCUUCUCGGGCAGCCAAGGCGGACAGAACUCGUCUGUGACACUAGACUUUGGGAAGAACAUCGCUGGCCAAGUCUCGCUGACUGCGCCAGACUCCGCCGACCCGAAUGCUGCUAUUUGGUUGACCUUUUCUGAGUCCAGUCUCUGGGUCAGCAGCUACGGCAGCGACGCAGUUUCGGAUAGUGGGCUUGAUGCGCCCAUCCCGCUCUCCGUGGGCGGAGGCCAGGGGACUUAUACGGUUGGCAGAGAAUACGCCCGAGGCGGUUUCCGCUACCUCACCCUGAUCAACAAUGGGACGGCUGAUAUCGAGCUAUCAGGGCUCUCUGUGCUCUACACAGCGUCACCUACGCAGGAUCUGCAGGGUUACACCGGCUACUUCCAUAGUAACGAUGAGCUCCUCAACCGGAUCUGGUACGCAGGAGCAUAUACAAAUCAGCUAUGCGAUAUCGACCCUCAUUAUGGCAACGCUCUGGUCAACGUUUUUCAGUCAAACCCGCUGCCUCUACAGCCGUGGUACUACAAUUAUACAAUCACGAAUGGAUCCAGUUGUCUCGUUGACGGUGCGAAGCGAGACACUCUCGUUUGGCCUGGCGACAUCUUCAUUUCCGGACCGUCUGUUGCCUACAGCACAUAUGCCAUGGAUGCUAUCAAAAACUCCGUUGAGUCCCUCUUUCUCCUCCAGACACCCGAGGGCAUCCUACCUUAUGUCGGGGUGCCUUUCGUCGACAUAAUCAAUCAGACCAGUUUCACCUAUCACCUGCACAACCUCAUCGGCGUUUAUAAUUACUACUGGUUUACUGGAGAUCAAGCCUGGUUACAGAGCUACUGGGACCAAUUCAAGCGCGGUUUGGCAUGGUCGCUCAGCAAUGUCGACUCGAGCGGUCUGAUGAACGUAACUGCCGGUGCGGACUGGCUCAGAGCCGGCAUGGGAGGCCACAACAUCGAGGCCAACGCGAUUCUGUACUAUACCAUCAAUCUUGGGAUUGAACUCGCAGGUGUGCUGGGGGACGACGCUACCGUGUCAUCAUAUCAGACUGCUGCGGCCGGAAUAAAGGAGGCUGCCAAUAACCUUCUCUGGAAUGAGGGACUCGGGCUCUUUACAGAUAACGAAAAUACGAGUCUGACCCCUCAGGAUGGCAAUAGCUUUGCUGUGCUCGGGAACCUCACAGAGAGCGACGCGCAAAAGGCUUCUAUUAUCAGCAACCUCCAGGGUCGCUGGGGCACCUACGGCGCACCCGCACCAGAGGUAAACUCCACGCCGGCGACCAUCUCGCCAUUCGCCACGGGGUUCGAGCUCGAGGCGCACUUCGUAGGAGGCAAUGCGGGAGGGGCGCUGGACCUCAUGCGGCUGCAGUGGGGCUUCAUGCUCGACGACCCGAGGAUGACCAACUCAUCGUUUAUAGAGGGCUACGCUGCAGACGGCAGCCUCGUGUAUGCUCCUUACCGCAACGACCCCAGGAUCAGCCACGCUCACGGCUGGAGCUCGGCGCCAACGAGCCUGCUGAGCCGCUACGUAGCGGGGAUCCACCUGACGGCUGCCUUGGGCCAGACAUGGAGGAUCGAGCCCUUGGCAGGUGGUCUUACCGCCGUGAGCUCAGGCAUGAGCACGACGCUGGGGAGCUUUGCUGUCGACUUGGGGGCGGACAGCAGUGGGGCCAUCACAAGCUUCAGCUUCGAGGCUCCCGCUGGGACGACGGGGGAUGUCAUCCUGCCGCAGGGCACGGAGGGAUCUCUGACAAGCGACAACGGAGAGUCGGUCGCCUUGUCUGGUGGAAUCGCCACAGGGGUAGGCGGUGGCAGGUGGACUUAUUCCACGUAA